AUGCAGGAUUUCCGCGCCACGUUAACAUCCUUUCUCAGAGGGGACUCUGACUUGUCGUUGUCAACUCCCCAGCUAGUCGCUGCAGUCACUCUUUUGAUAUCAUUCCUAUACUUAGCCGUCAGCAUGCUAAACUACUUCAAGACCACUAACCAGUUCGUAGUAGCGGGGAGGAUGGCCGUUGUCACAGGUGGUUCGGAUGGUAUGGGCAAAAGUGUCGCUCUGGAAUUGGCCAGAAAAGGGGCUAGUGUCACCAUCGUCGGCCGCGAUGUGGGCAAACUCAACGCCGUCUAUGAAGCUAUGAAGACAUGCGCCCCCCAUAUGUGCGGCCAGAAAUUCCAUUGGAUCAAAGCCGAUUUGAUCGACCCCAAAGAAUCCGAACGUGUCAUGGCCGAAGUUACCGAGUUUAACGGCGGAGUGUAUCCUGAUAUUGUCUGGUGUUGCGUUGGGCAGUGCAUACCCGGGUUCUUUCUCCAUACCUCUCCCGAGACCUUGAAAGCGCAGAUGGACACAAAUUAUUUCACCUCAGCUUUUACCGCACAGGCUAUUAUGAAGCUAUGGCUAGCUCCUGCUGCUUCUGGCCAAGCUCCGGAGAAGACACCCCGUCGCCAUCUCAUCUUUACCAGUUCCACAGCAUGCUUUGUCCCGGUCGCUGGGUAUGCGCCAUAUGCGCCAGCGAAAGCAGCAUUACGCGCUCUCGCAGAUGCCUUGACCUCUGAGAUCGAGGUUUAUAACGGCUCCCGGAGGAAUCCGUCCCUUAACGCCCCUGCUGCGGACGUGAGAACCCACGUUAUUUUCCCGAUGGGAAUUUUGACUCCUGGGUUUGCCCAAGAACAGAAACUGAAGCCUGCCCUGACGAAACAUCUUGAAGAGGCCGACAAGCCACAGACGCCUGACGAAGUUGCUGCAAUUGCUAUCAGGGGGCUCGAAAGAGGCCAAUACAUGGUUACGACUAUGCUGGUAGGCACGAUGAUGAAGGCAAGUGCAAUGGGGGGUAGUUAUAGAAACAGCAUUGUUCGUGACACUCUUACCAGUUGGAUGAGCUCUCUUGUCUUCCUUCAGGUUAUCCCAGACUUGAAAGCCAGGGCUCAUCGGUGGGGGCGAGUCAACGGCAUUCCCAAGGAAGGGGAAGAUAACACUGUGGCACCCCAACCGGUGACGGACGACUGCAUGGGGGAAGAAUAA